UCCUCAGUGUCCUCUGCUCCUCCUGCCCACCUACCCUCUUCUGCCCACACUGCUGGUACCCAACUGGGACACCUGCUCUGCUCCACGAGAAUGGCGACUUUGCGCAUGUUGUGGAUGGAGCUGGUUCUGCUGGGGGUCCUGGGGGUCCUGCAGACCCAGGCCCAGGUCUCUGUGCAGCCCGACUUCCAACAGGACAAGUUCCUGGGGCGCUGGUUCAGCGCGGGCCUCGCCUCCAAUUCGAGCUGGUUCCGGGAGAAGAAAUCGAUGCUGUCCAUGUGCAAGUCGGUGGUGACCCCCACCGUGGACGGCGGACUCAACCUCACCUCCACCUUCCUCAGGAAAAACCAGUGUGAAACCCGAACCAUGCUGCUGCAGCCCACGGGGAACCCUGGCUCCUACAGCUACCUGAGUCCACACUGGGGCAGCACCCACGCGGUCUCAGUGGUGGAGACCAACUACAAGGAGUACGCACUGCUGUUCAGCCAGGGCACCAAGGGCCCUGGCCAGGACUUCCACAUGGCCACGCUCUACAGCCGCACUCAGACCCCAAGGGCUGAGCUGAAGGAGAAGUUUGCUGACUUUUGCAAGGCCCAUGGUUUCACAGAGGACGACAUUGUCUUCCUUCCCCAGAAUGAUAAAUGCCUGAAGGAGCAAGAAUAGCCAGGUGACCCAGCCUCAGGACUCCCCUGCUCCGCUGCUUCUUUCAAGACCGUGGCCCCGGCUCCCCAAAGCACCUCUGCACCCUUGGGCUUUAUCCCAGACCUGAGAAAUAAACUCUGGAA